AUGGAGGCAACAAAACAGCUAAUGUGUCAACCAGCAGACUCAUUUAACCCCUUGAUCACAACAAGCUUUCAGGUCUCCUGCAUUCUUGUCAUUUCUCAUGCCUUUCAUCUUGUCUUGAAACCCUUGGGACAACCUGGACCUUUUGCACAACUUCUUGCUGGCGUUGUGUUAGGCCCCUCACUGUUGUCCCGUAUAGGAAAAGUUAAAGAUUUUUUCAUCCAGGCUUCUGCUGAAAAGUACUAUCAGUUCUUUUCAUUCGUUUGUCGAAUGCUAUUUAUGUUCUCCAUUGGCUUGGAAACAGAUGUCCCUUACAUAAAACGCAAUAUCCGCACUGUAAGCAUCAUUGCAGGAGGGGGUUCAAUCCUGGCCUGCAUGUUCGGUGGACCUUUAUUCUGGUUACUUACCAAGGUAUUCGAUGUCACUAAGGAUCGCUUUGCAUUUUACCUUCUUACCUUGACAGUGUUAGCAAAUUCAGCCUCUCCUAUAGUGAUCCGGAUGAUUGCAGAUACCAAGUUUGAUACUGCUGACUUGGGGAGAAUGGCAAUUUAUUCUUCAUUGGUUAAUGAAAUGUCCUGUGUAACAAUCGUUAGUACACUUAGUGCUUUCUCCUCCUCUCGAAGAUUUGGAGGAGCAAUCCUUAUUACUCUUGUUACUGUGGUUGUAAUCUUUUUGAACAAGUAUCUAUCAUACUUUUUCAACAAAAGGAACCGGAAUAAUAGAUUUGUUUCCAACAAAGAAAUCUUUGUUAUUGUGUUGCUUCUUACAUGUCUAUCUCUGUAUGCCGAGUGGUUGGCUACACAGCUAUUUUCUGUUGUUUUCCUGGUCGGCCUCAUGUUCCCUAGAGAAGGCAAAACAGCUCGGACUUUGUUGCACAAACUCACUUACGCUGUAAAUACCUUCAUUCUUCCCAUCUACUUUGGCUACACAGGAUUCCAACUUGAUGUUAGCGGUAUUUUCAAUAAAUUGACUAUUGCUCUCACUGUCCUCAUGAUCCUGGUGAGCGCUGGAACUAGAAUCAUCGGCACCCUUGCCGCUUGUCAUUACCUUAUGAUCCCAUGGAACGAGUCUCUCAUUCUUGCUUUGUUACUCUGCCUGAAAGGAAACUACGACCUUCUACUCAUUAUUACAAGCCCAAAUCCCAAUCCAGUGUGGCCUGCAGAUGCUUACGAUUUUCUUCUGACAGUAGUAGUGGUUAACACACUGAUCAUAGGCCCAGUAGUUGCCAUUUUACUGAACAGAGAAGUGUCUAGUUCUCAGUAUCCUACCAUACUGGAAAUACUUAAUCCAGAGAGUGAGCUCAGAAUAUUGGCUUGUGUGUAUGUACCACGGCAUGUUUCAGGGCAUGUUAGCCUCAUCUCAGCGUUAGGCGGCUGUCCAAGUGCACCCAUAAGGCCAUACAUGGUGCAUCUAGUGGAGCUUCCAAAGAAAAGGAAAAGCAAAUUGAUGUACCAUCAACUAGAAGAUGGUGAUCAAUACAGCGAUGAGGAGGAGUAUGGAGGAAAUGAUGUGCUAGAGAUCAACGAAGCUCUUGAUACCUUCAUCUCAGAGACCAUUUUGAUCCACCAGAGUAAACUUGUGGCAUCAUUUCUGACCAUAAACGAAGAUGUAUGCAAUGGUGCAGAGGACUUGCGUGUGUGUAUUCUAUUCCUGCCGUUUCACAAGCACCAAAGAAUAGAUGGGAAAAUGGAAAACAGCAUGGAGGAAAUAAGAGCUAUAAAUCAGAAGAUUCUUCGUCAUGCCCCAUGUUCAGUGGGCAUCUUUGUAGACAGAGGGCAAACAGGGUUCCAACAACCACAUGGCUCUUCAUGUGUGCAAAAUAUAGCAAUAUUGUUCUUCGGUGGCCCUGAUGAUCGGGAGGCUUUAGCGUGUAGCAAGAGAAUUUUGAUGCACAGUAAAGUCAAUUUGACAGUUAUCCGCUUCCUGAACAGACCGACAGAAAGUAGCAGCAGCAAUUUUUGGAUUAACGAUAUGCCCCACAAGGAUGAGGAGGUUAUCAUGUCAAUCAAUAUCGGGACACAGAACGAGAUAGACAGUCUUGUGGAGACCUUCUAUAACAGGUAUGUGGCACAGGGUAGAGCCGGUUUCGUGGAGAAGUAUGUGAGCAAUGGCAGGACGGUAGCAGUUCUAAGAGAAAUAGCGGACACGUAUUCAUUGUUCAUAGUAGGGAAGGGAGGGAGAGGGACAAGCCCCUUAACAUCAGGGAUGAGCGAUUGGGAGGAGUGUCCAGAACUUGGGUUGAUCGGGGAUCUCUUGGCCUCCUCAGAAUUGGACAUCAGCGGUUCCAUCUUGGUCAUCCAACGACAUCGGCACUUUGAGGCUGAUGGAGGCUUUCCCGACGACUAGUUGCCUUUACCUUUUUUACUGCA